AUGGCUUCGAGUGAACUUCGAAGAUCUGAUCGUCGUGCGGUGACACCAUAUCAUUUAUUGUAUAUGGCAAUGAAAAUUAUGAGAAUUCGAGUUCGUGAUUCCCUUACAGUAGCCUUCAAGCACGUUGGUAAAGAUACUAAAAUCACUAGACAGCAAAUAGAAGAUGAUGAGUACAUAAAUAACUGUAUUGAAACCAAUCUUGCAUUUUUAAGAUCAAUUCCAAAUUCUACUUGGUAUUGGAUGGAUCGUAAAAAAGAUCUUUUCGCUAUGAUCAGACAGUUUGGGAAACCAACUGUAUUUCUUACUGUCAGUGCCAAUGAAAUAGGGUGGAAUGAUCUGCUUCAAACGUUGUACAAACUUAAACACAAUAGUGAAAUUUCUGAAGAAUUUGCUGAACUAUUACACUAUCUCGAAAAAACAACUCUUGUCAACGAGGAUGCAGUUACAUGUGCUAUACAUUUCAACAAAUUAGUUAAUGUGCUGCUAAAAAUUUUAACAUCACCAAAAAUUAGUCCAUUUGGAAAGUACUAUGUUGUCCACUACCUCAAACGGAUUGAGUUUCAGCAUCGUGGUAGUCCACAUGCUCAUAUACUACUGUGGUUAGCUAAUGCUCCAUUGGAUGCACUCGACAAAAAUAAAUUGGAUGCUAUCAAAUUAAUUGAUGAUUUAAUAUCUGUCUCAUCUCAAGAAGCAUCAAACAAUAUUAAAUUACAAACACACAAGCAUACGUUUACAUGUUACAAAAAAAUAGUUGCAAAUAAACCUCAACAAUGCAGAUUUGAAGCACCUUUCAUGCCUAGUAGAUCCACUACAAUAUUAUCACCGAUGCAAAAAGAUGAACCAAAUUUUAAAGAACAUGCUCAACGUUAUAAAAAUGUAAGAAUUAACCUUGAAAAUAAUGAUUACUCUGAUAUAGAUUCCUUUUAUAAAAAUAACAAUAUUACUUGUGAUGAAGAUUAUAACAAUAUUCUUCGAGCUGGAAUUAAACGACCAAGAGUGUUUGUCAAACGUCAACCUAGCGAAAAGUGGCAUAACCCCUUCAAUCCUUUUGUAUUUAACAUCGUUCGAUCUAAUAUGGACAUCCAGUUCAUCACUGAAGAAUAUUCCUGUGCUAAUUAUGUCGCGGAAUAUGUGAAUAAAACCAACCGUGGUGUUAGUCAUUUACAACGACAAAUUAUUGAAAUUAUGGAUGAGCAUCCUGAAUUUGAUGUUGUUGAAAUAACAAGAAAAAUAGGCGUAAAUAUGCUGAACGGUGUAGAAAUAACUAGUCAAGAGGCUGCUUGGUAUUUGUUACGGGAACCAAUGUCAAAGUGUUCAACGGUUGUUACUACUAUUCCAACUAUGUGGCCAGUUGAUCGUCAAAGAAUAAGAAAGACACUGAAAGAAUUAGAUGCGAUGGGUAUUGGAGAUGAUUCAACAAAUAUUUGGAAAGAAAACUGGUUUGAUAAAUAUCAACGCAGACACGAAGACUUGGAAAAUGUAACUUUAGCUCAAUUUGUUGCUGGUUACACUAUUAAACCCGAUGGCACUCACACAAAAAGAAAAACCCCACGUGUUAUUCGUUGUCGGAAUUACGACAUGGGAACAGAUCUGAAUGAAUAUAAACGUGAAAUGGUAACCUUACACUUUCCCUUUCGAAACGAAGAUGAAGAAAUACUCGCUGAGAUGAAAUUUAUCGAAAUAUACAACAACAAUGAGAAUAUAAUUUUGAAUAGACGCACUCAAUUCGAAUCUAAUUUGGAUAUACAAAAGACAAUUGAAAUUUGUCGAAAUUUGUGUCGAGAAGAUGAUUUUCAAGAUGAAAACGAAGUGCAAGAUGUCACCAACGUGAUACCUGAUCCAAAUCCAUUUCAAAAUUUAUACGAUAACCCUAUUUCUGAUGUGAAUAGUGAUUUUCGAUUAGCUGUACUCAACAAACUGGGCCCUAUUGCUAAAAAACGAGACAACUUAAUGCCAAAUGCUGAAUUUUUUGAGUUGAUGAGGAUGGCAAAUGAUAAGCAACGAGAACUUUUGCUACAUGUAAUCUCACAUCUAUUAUGCUCAAAUAGUGAACCAUUCCAAAUAUUUUUCACAGGCCCAGCAGGAUGUGGUAAAACUUUUGUUAUAAAACUUCUCAUGGAGAUUUAUAACCGCUUCACUGAUAACGAUGGGUAUUGCAACUCUUAUAUUGCCUGUGCUUCAACAGGUAAAGCUGCUGUUGCAAUAGACGGGACUACUGUGCAUACUGCUUUAAAAAUAUCUUUGUCUAAGUUACUUCCCUUAAGUACUGAGGUAGCUCAUCAAUACAGAGCAUUAUUUAAAUACGUUAAAGUAUUAAUUGUUGACGAAAUCAGUAUGAUCGGAGCUGAAUUACUUGCUCAAAUUGACUCACGUUUAAAACAGAUUACAGGCAAUUUUCAUAUUAACUUUGGAGGGAUAGAUGUCAUUCUCAUUGGAGAUUUACGUCAGUUACCAACGGUUAGAGCUACUCCAAUCUACAAACAACAAAAACAAAGAAUUGUUGGACCUGUAUUAUGGCGUGGAUUGAAAUUUUGUGAGCUCCAGCAAGUAAUGAGACAAGAAAAGCAACAGUUCUUUACAAUCUUAACUAAAAUUGGAAAUGGUGAACAACUUGACGAUUUCGAGUUAAACUUAUUGGAAUCACGUUUUGUAACUAUUCAAGAAGCUGAAACUCAAUGUCCACAUGGGAUCCGAUUAUUUAAUACAAAUGAAGCUGUAACAAGAUAUAAUAGUAAAAUUUUAAGUCUUCCACAAGAAAAGACAAUCUCAAUAGCGAAAGAUGUAUUCACUGGUUGUACUUCGGCAGAGCAAACUACUUCCUUCCGUCAAAAACUACACAAAAUGUCAUUAAUUGAUACUGGAGGAUUACCUUACGAAACUGUAUUCGUGGUAAAUGUCUUCUACAUGAUAACAACAAAUAUAGACGUGUCUGAUGGCUUAGCGAAUGGGGCUGUUGGUAGACUAGUUUAUAUAGAAUAUAAUGAUGAUAGAGACGUAAAAGUUGUGUGGCUUGAGUUUCCGAACUCAUUGAAGAUUGGUCAAAAAAUUCGAAGAAAAGUCGCUGGACAUGUAGCUGCGCAUCAAAUUAGUAAAACAGCAGUGCCUAUCACGAGAAGAUCUUCGACUAUUUCUCUAAAUAACAGUAAAACGAUUAAUGUUAAACGUUCGCAUUUACCUUUAGUUUGUGCCUGUGCAACAACUAUUCAUAAGUCACAAGGGAGUACAUACCCUGAAAUUGUUUAUGAAUAUGAUAAAAAACAUCCCUUAUCAUUAGUUUAUGUCGCUUUAUCACGCGUUACAAGUGUCGAUGGGUUAUACAUCACUACAAGAGACAAUGAUAAAACAUUUUUUCAUGGACGAAGACCUUCAACUGCAGUCGCUAAUCUACGAACUGAAUUUCAAAGACUCUCGAAUAAUCGUUUGAUUACUAUCAAUAACGAUAUCUUAAAUCUCAUUAGCCAAAGGAAAGGAUUGACAGUGUAUACUUUCAACUGUCAAAGCUUACGCGCUCACUUCAUUGACUUAAACGAUUCAGUUAUACAAAAAUCACAGAUUUUGAUGUUAAAUGAAACUUGGCUGGAUGACAAUGAAUCAGUUAGUAUACCACAUUUUAAUUGCAUAGUUCAAUAUAAACGACCAAAUCGUCGAGCUGGAGGAGUUGCUAUUUAUCACUAUGCAAACGAUACUACAAAUAUUAUUACUCCUUGCAUUAAUAUGACAGUCAGACAGUCCGAGUUUGUAAGUUCAUCAAAGUCGUCAGUAGGUGAAAUUAUUGGUGUUGCUCCAAUUCAUCAUCAUGCUGGUGAUGUAUCUGAUGUUAAAACUAAAGUUGUUCGUUGUAAUUUAAGACGCCGUGCUGUGAAUAACGAUAGUAAUCCGUUAAGAAUUAUCGCUCAUGUCGUUAAAGAUGUUAAAUCACCAGUUAUGUCUCGAUUGGGUAAAAUUUCAAGUAUGCAGCGUAUGAUUCAACGCAUUCGUAGUGAGAAACUACCUAAAGUUGAAGGAAAAACUCUUCACGAUUUGACAUUGCCAGAUGAAUUAAAAUUAACAGAAAAGAACGAAACUUUUUUACAGUAUGACAGUGGAUAA